UAUAAGCCCAACCGCCCGCCACGCAGAAUAUUGACCCGAGAACCACGGAUCUAAUACGAUACCCCGUGUACAGUAUCGCAAUGUUCCCGAAACCGACCUCCCAGAGGGCGUAGCACGUGCAGCGACAUUCACAACAGUCUGCAUCAACACAGCUAUCUACCUCCCAUGGCUGCUCUCUCAAUGUCUCAAAGAAGGAAUAACAUCCCGGCGGAAGACUCUUGCAGAUAUAUCUUAAGUUUUCGAUCCACGCUCAAGCUCAUCCUCCUCCUCCCCCUCAAGUUCGUCCAGAGCAGUCGAUGUGGUAAUCAACUGCACCGGUCUCGGCUCUUUCUCCCUAGGUGGUGUGAAUGAUAAGUCGAUGUUUCCUGUGAGAGGUCAAGUUGCUCUUGUGCGGAAUUCGCUGAACACUGCGGAUGGGAAAAUACCUGCUGGGUCCUCGGUUAGUGGGACGGAUGAUGGAAGCGAGGAGAGUUGUUAUGGCAUGACGUGCGCGGCCGGAGGUGGUACUGUGCUUGGUGGGUGUAGUCAGGUUGGAAAUUGGGAUGAAGACGUGGAUUCGGAACUGGGGGGUAGGAUAUUAAGGAGGGCGGGGGGGGUGGUUCCUGGCCUUUUCGGUGGGGAUGGGGAGGAAAGGGAGUGGGAUGUUAUCCGGCAUGGUGUGGGGUCGAGACCUGCUAGAGAGAGCGGAGUGAGGGUUGAGAGUGAGAGAGUGAUAUUAUCUGCUGGUGGAGGUGCCGAGGAGCAUGAGGCAUGGGUUGUUCAUAAUUGUGGGCAUGCGGGGGAAGGAUAUCAGAUUAGUAUUGGGUGUGCGGAGAAAGCUGUGGAGUUGGUGGAGGCGAUUUUUAUGGAAAGGGAUGGAAAGAAGUAAGAGCAGACAGAGGGUGUGUUGAAGUCUAGCUUUGACCUAUAAGUUGGUAUUCAAUUUGACCUGGAGUGACCAGAAUGCGCGGGUGACUUUGGUGAUGAUGCUGGAACCAGAGCUCGCGUGUUUUAUUUGGC